UGUAUUUUAACUAGAAAUAACGUUUUAAAUUGCUUAUUAUCCGGUUUAAUUGUUAAGUUAGGCCCUUACAACAGUAGAGAAAGUGAAAUAAUAAACAAUGCCGCCACGUAAGAACAAAACCGUCAAGGAAGAGGUGCAGGUUUCGCUCGGACCCCAGGUCCGCGAAGGCGAGGUUGUAUUCGGAGUGGCUCACAUCUACGCUAGCUUCAACGAUACCUUCGUCCAUGUUACCGAUUUGUCCGGCAAGGAAACCAUCUCUCGGGUGACCGGAGGAAUGAAGGUGAAGGCCGAUCGUGAUGAGGCUUCUCCCUACGCUGCUAUGUUGGCUGCUCAGGAUGUCGCCGAAAAAUGCAAAUCUCUGGGUAUCACUGCGCUGCACAUCAAACUGCGUGCUACCGGUGGAAACCGCACCAAGACCCCGGGACCCGGUGCUCAGUCGGCACUGCGUGCCCUGGCCCGUUCGUCGAUGAAGAUUGGUCGCAUUGAGGACGUUACGCCGAUCCCGUCGGAUUCCACCCGCCGGAAGGGAGGUCGCCGUGGUCGUCGUCUGUAGAGAGCCGCUGUUUUCGUUUUGUUCGCAAGAAUUCCAUUGGAAAAGUGUGUUUUCAUUGCUUAUGCGUAUGAAAAUCAUUGGAAAAUAAAUAUUGAACGAUGAAAAAGUCAA